AUGGACGCCUCCGACGAGCGUGAGAACGACUAUCUGCGCUUCCUGCGCGGCAUGCGGCCAGACGACGCCAAUAUCCAGGCUUCAAUGCCUGAUCUGUCGACGACGCAGUCCUCGGAGUUGGACUUCCGCACGUCGUUCGUGGGACCCGACGAACUACCGGAGAUUGACCAUGACGGAGCUGAGUUUGCCAGGAUGCUACUGGCUCAAGCUGAGCAGGAACACAAGGACGCUGAAGCAGAGGAAGCUGUCGCAGCUGCUCAAGCUGAGGCGGAAGAGGCCGCUGGUGCAGUCACCGGCGUGUUGCAGCUAUCAUCAGCGCGUAAAACCUGCAGAUUCUACAACAAGGAGCGCGAGAGGUGCAAACGUGCUGCAACAGGGCUAGAUGGACGCUGUGCCCUCCACAAGGUCAGCCAGUUCUGCAAACAUCCCAGGUGCAAUAAAUACAAUCAGGGCAAUGGCUUCUGCAUCAAACAUGGUGGUGGCAAGAUAUGCAAGUUCGAAGGAUGCGACAAGCAUGUACAAGGCUACGGCUACUGCUCAGGACAUGGCGGGAAGCCUCUGUGUCCUAUUGAUGGAUGCGAGAACAAGAGGAUGGAAGGAGGGUUCUGCAAGGCGCACGGUGGAGGCCGAUUCUGUCAGCAUGAGGGCUGUAAGAAACGCGAUAUAGGCGGCGGUCUCUGCAUCUCCCACGGUGGUGGCAAGAAGUGUAAUGCUAAGGACUGCAAAAAAGUGGAUCGAGGCGGUGGCUUCUGCAAAGCCCACGGCGGGGGCAAGAAAUGCGAGACUGAGCGCUGCAAGAACUGGGCGCUUGGUGGCGGUAUCUGCUCGGAACACAAAGGCCCCGGUAAGCGCUGCAACAUGUUGGGCUGCACAAAGUACGACCUCGGUGGGGGGUUCUGCAUUGCUCAUGGUGGUGGGCGCAAGUGCAUUAUCGAAGGCUGCAGCAAGAUCCGUCAGGUCAACAAGCGCUGUCGUGGUCACGGUGGUAAAGUCCUGUGUAGUGUACCGAAUUGCGAUCGCGCCGCGCAGAGCCGGAAGCUGUGCAAGUCUCACGGCGGUGGCAAGCUGUGCAAAUUCGAAGGGUGUACCAACAUGCAGAAAGGCAAAGGCUUUUGUAUCCGUCAUGGUGGAGGAACGAGAUGCAAAGAGGAAGGAUGCAGCGCGAUUCAGCGUGGAGGAGGCUAUUGUAAGGGCCACGGCGGAGGGAAAAAGUGCUCGUACACGUUCUGCAAGAAAUGGGUCGUUGGUGGCGGAUACUGCGACGACCACCUGGAUCUGGAGCUGUCGCGUCAGCCGGAAGAGAUCUCUCGCAUCGCGGCGAGCUCAUAUUUAACCAGCGAAUCGGUCUAA